AUGGCCUUGAGAAUCAAAGUCUAUGCGAAAUUAUCAAUCAUGUCUAUUAUCCAGAGAAAAAGAAAAGAUGCUUCCGAGAAUCAAGAAAUACCCCUCUGUUCCCAAAACCUGUGUCUAUUCAUUAUCUUGAUGGGAUUAACAUACUUGAUGUUGAAUCAAUCAAAAAAAAGAUGUAGAAUAUUUGGAGAACACCCUCAACACUUAUCUAUACGCCUGCAUUUCCAGCAAGUACCACAAAAGGAUAUCUACCCUUGGUCACUACAUGUAAUAUUUAUCAAGAUAGAUGCUCAUAGAUCACCAUUGGCUGCACUUCCUGGUAUUCUUGUAGCUACAAGCUCUGAUCAAAGGAAAGACUUGAUACAGUUACUACAUCAGAAGACAAUCAUUCGGGCAGCGGGCAGCAAAACAAUAUGCAGAGGACCCUGCCCGAGAUCUUUCCAUUCAAGUUUUAGAAAAAUUCUCUUUUGUGAUAAGAUUUGCCCGGGAAACAACUUCCUAACUCUUGCUGAUGAUCAUGGUCAAAGUCAAAGUCAAGGUCAAGCUAUUCGAGAUGCUAUGGUCUCCCAAAAGGAAAAGAAACUUCUAAUAUUCUGCCUGUCUUUAACUGAGAGGGACUCUUCCUUAAAAAGACUCCAUAACAGAGGAUCUGUCUUAUUUCCCAAUUUACCCCUGCUGUCCCACCAACCUGGUACUGCCAUCGUGGGUAUUUCUGGUCCCCACAGACGUGGGAAUCUUUUUGUGUCUCCUUCUCUGAUAGGUGAACUGCAAUGGGGGGUGCACUACAUAUGCAUAGUGGUCGGUUUAAUAAUUGGACUAAAGAAGGUUUGGGUCGGUGUAUUGGCGCUUAAUAUAACCUUCUUCCAUCUUCCACUCUCCACUCAUUCGCUCAAUGCUCUCCAAAAACAGCCGGAGAUUCAUCCCCAUCUCUGUGAUUCCGCUCCCCUGAGACCCAAACAUGUCUACAAUUCAAAGAAAUUAUCAACAUCAUUAUUCCAAUUCCUUUGACAAAUUCCAUUCAUUACUCUGAACAAGAAAAGGUUUUAGAAACCAAAAAAAGAACUUAUAUGGUGGAGAAAAAGAAAAGAAGAUACACUUGAGAAUCAAG